CUUUGAUUGGACAGUGACUUCUGCAGUCACCGUAAUAGUAACUGCGCCAGCAAUUUCUCACUUAAUAUGUAUAUACGGCAAGCAGAUGAGCAAAGAACCCAAGCAUCUUCUGCCAUGGACGAUCAAGAAAAACUUCAUAUAGUCAUGUUCCCAUGGCUAGCUUUCGGUCACAUACUCCCAUAUUUAGAGCUGUCCAAGCUUAUAGCUCAAGAGGGCCACCGCAUCUCCUUCAUAUCUACUCCUAGAAACAUCGAACGCCUCCCAAAACUACCUCCAAAUUUACAACCUCUUAUCGAUUUAGUCAAAUUUCCACUGCCCAACGACGACAACCUCCCUGAAAACGCAGAGGCUACCAAUGAUCUUCCCUACGGAAAUAUUCCGUACCUUAAGAAGGCAUUCGACGGCCUCCAGGAACCCGUGACCCGCUUUCUCGAAACGUCACAUCCCGAUUGGGUUAUUCACGACUUCGCUCCUCACUGGUUGCCGCCUAUCGCUGCUAAGCAUGGGGUUUCACGUGCCUUCUUCUGUAUAUUCAGUGCAACGGCCUUAUGUUUCGGUGGAUCAACGUCCAUCAUGAUGGAAGGUGGUGAUCCACGUACGGAGCUCCAUCAGUUCGCCGCUCCUCCUCCCUGGGUCACUUUCCCAACCAAAGUCGCGUUGCCUCUUUUUCUGUUGAGGAGAAGCUUAGACCAUGAUCAAGCCAACGUUUCUGGUGUUACCGACAACUUCCGCCUGGGGUCGGCCAUUUUGGGUUGUGACGUGUUGGCUAUACGGAGCUGUACAGAACUGGAACCUGAAUGGUUGGACCUACUCGGUAAGCUUCACCAGAAACCGCUAUUUCCAAUAGGGCUACUGCCCCCCUCGGCGCCGGUUAACGGAGACGAUAACUCUUGGCCGCCGAUCAGGGAGUGGCUGGACAAACAAGAGAAAGAGUCUGUGGUUUAUGUAGCACUAGGAACGGAGGUGACACCAACUGAAGAUGAACUCACCGAGUUGGCUUUUGGGUUAGAGCUAAGUGGGUUGCCCUUCUUUUGGGCACUGAGGAAGCGGCAUGACUCGGUUGAUUUACCUGAUGGAUUCGAGGAACGAACCAAAGGUCGUGGAAUGGUUUGGAGGACCUGGGCACCUCAACUCAGGAUAUUGGAUCACGAGUCGGUUGGGGGUUUUGUGACUCACUGUGGUUGGAGCUCAGUCAUAGAGGGACUGCAUUUUGGACAAGCCCUUAUCAUGCUGCCCCUGUGGGGGGACCAGGGGCUGAAUGCUAGGACUUUCGAAGAGAUGAAAGUGGGGGUAGAGAUACCAAGAGAUCAAGAAGAAGAACGGCUUUCCAGGAAGUCAGUAGCGGAGACAUUGAGCUUGGUGAUGGUGGAAGAGACGGGAAAAAUUUAUAGAAACAGAGCAAAGGAGAUGAGCAAGUUACUAGGAGACAAGCAUCGACAUCACCGUUAUGUAAGCGAUUUUGUAGAAUAUCUACAAAAACACAGGCCUUGUGUCCAAGGACGAUUGAUUUAAACAUGUAUUUUGGUUUUUAAGAAUGAGAAACAUCUCUUCCUUCUCAAAUCACAAAAAUUUCAACAAA